AUGGCAGACUCUACGCAAAGUCCAGCUCCUUCAACACUACCGAAACCACUCAGCCCUGCGCGAGAAGACGAAAGCAACUCCCCCCCGCGCAAGCGACCAAGGACCAAAGCUCCACCACGGAUGGCCACGUCGAACCCAGCGGUCGUAGAUUUCGCACGCGAGCCCUCACCCCCAGCGCUCCCUCGAGAUACAUCCACCUACUCUUCCGAAGUCUACCGCUUCCCUAUACAGCCCUUGAGCCGCUUCCAGGGUGCCUCGGCGAGCAUAAAGCGCCCACGUGAAGUCGCACACUUCUCCUACGACGACAACCACGAGUACCGAGAUGACGAGUCGAGCAUCAACUACUACAUACCGCCCCCCGUGGGCGCAGACCUAAAGGAGGGCUUCGAUACAUUCAAUCACUACGAAGACAAGGAAGAUCCACACCUUGACAGCCUGCUCAGAGCGCUGAUCCACAAGGAGAGCAAGCACGUGGAAGAGAGCCCGGUCAAAGCAGACUUUGCGACGUGGAGAGGCAUGAUGACAAAAAUCAUGACUGCCCCCUACGACAACUUCGCCGAGUUCAACAUGUUCGCAACCCUCCACGACGGCACAAUCUACAUGGAAGAAGACUUCGCCGCCCGCGCCGCCUCGCGUGCCGCAGAGUCCUCCCGCCCACCACCGCGACACCAACACCCAGACCAGCAAUCGCAAGCUAUGAUGGCCUACUGGGGCUACAAGUUUGAAACCCUGUCCCUCAUUCCCACCCCACCAGCCACCACCCCGCCCGACCAGAUCCGCAAACAUCAGCAAUCCACUACUUCAAACCACGCCCAACACUGCUCCAUCGUGCACACCUCCUUCGGCCCACACUCGCUCCUCCUCGGCGGCGAAGUCGACGGCCUGCUUGCGCCAAAGCCCAUCAACUCGGACACGCCCAUCCCCUGGGUCGAGCUGAAGACAGCCGAAGAACUCCCUCCCCCAGCGCGGCAACAGCACCGCGACGUAAUCAAAUUCGAGCGCAAGCUGCUCAAGUUCUGGGCCCAGAGCUUCCUGCUCGGCGUCCCCAAGAUCGUCGUCGGGUUCCGCAGCAAAAGCGGGAUACUCAGGGGCUUGCAGACGUUCAACACGCAUGAACUGCCGGGUAUGGUCAGGAGGGGCACGGCGUGUUGGGAUGGGAAUGUGUGUAUCAAUUUCGCUGCGGAGUUUCUGGCCUGGUUGAAAGAGACGGUCAAGGAGGGCGGAGUGUAUAGCGUUGUGUUGAGGAAGAAGGGCGGGGUUAUCGAAGUGAGGAGGGUGGGAGACGGAACGGGAGGGAUCGUUAGUGAAGAGUAUUUGGCUUGGAGGAAGAAGCAGGAAAGUCGAGACCACCGGGGAGGAGGCGAGCAGCAAGCGACAGCGACGACCAAAGACGACGAGCCAAAGGCAGAGUUGCCUGUCUGA